UAUCUAGUGAACCAGGAAGGAAGAAAAGCAGAAAGCUGGUGACCAUUUGUGAACAAUAUACAAAGCAAAAGAGAGUCUUUGUUUUUUUUGAUGAACCCUAAUCAUGUCGUCCUUUGAGAACUCGAUAAAGAAAAUGCUACCUAAGACAUAUCUUUGCAAAACUGUGGCCCAUGAAAUAAGUACUGCUUUGACUGUCUUCAAACACCUUGUGCCUAUAAUGGACCAAUACGUUUAUAAUGACGGAACCACAAAGAAACUGAUGUGUCUAACGGGAACUAUUUCUGCGGUGUAUAAAGACAAUACCUACAACAUUCCUGUGUGUCUGUGGCUUGAGGAAAGCUACCCUCAAACUGCCCCCAUCACCUACAUCAGACCCACACAAGAAAUGGUUAUCCUCAGAGGAAACUAUGUCAACAGUAAUGGUGAAGUGCAGCUGCCUUAUUUACAGGAGUGGAAACAGGGGGAGUGUGAUCUAGUGAGUCUGCUGCAGGUGAUGGCUGCUAUGUUUGGAGACUGUCCUCCUGUGUGUAUGAAACCUCAUCCAGAACCAGAACCAGAACAAGCUUCCUGUUGGCUACAGUUCCACAAGCAAGACGUUAUUUCAACACCAGAUGGGAAUUCGUAUGUAUCUUUACUUCGAGAUGAUGGCCAGCCUUUCCAGCAGGAAAAUGAAACCAACUGUUAAUCAUAUGUGAAAUAUGACAAUAAUCUGUAUAAAGACUUUUUGUUUGUGUAUUCUCUGUGUUGCAUUUCCUGUAAAUUGUCAGGUGGUAUCCAUUGAUUUAAUUUUUUACUGUUCAUCAUAAAAAUGACAUUAGAAGAAAUGUUCUUUGAGUUAACAUCAUUCUUAAAAACAUGUAUACAACUAGUAAUUACAGAUAUACUGUGUUUAAUGUAACUGACUUGCAUAUUCUUUCAAUGUUUUGAACUGUUUUUCAAACAAGAGCAAAAGUGAUAUUUC